AUGUCUUAUCUUAGCAAAUGCUUUGUCGACCAAGUUGUGGCUCCCAUCAGGCUCAUAGAAGUGUUACCUCAAAAUCAAUGCGAUGAAGAGCAGUCCACUCGCCAACUAUCUACAGCGCAGGAGAUUGAAGACUUUCUGAAUCGGAGUAAGCUAAUCAAUUAUUCGCAUCGUCACUUGUCUAUAUGCCAAAAGACAUCGUGGAGCUCCUUGCAAAUAACCAGGGGUUUGCUAGAGCUUUUCGUUUCUAAACACGAUAUAAGCGACUCAUUCUGGGAUCUUCCAUCAUGUUUCUACUACCGGAACGACGACGUGGAAAUAAACUCCUGUCUCCCUGUUACUGUAAACAGGAUAGGCUCUUCAACUGAAAUCUAUUAUACGAUUCGUUAUCCCGAGCUGAAGCCUAAUGGUGGAAACUGGGCUAUUCGUCAAAGUGGCUUUUAUUAUCGAUUCGACGCGUCGACUAAUCAGACUAUAUCGGUCUUAUUCAACCCAACGCCAAACUCGGCCGCUCAUCAGAAGAUAGAAGAUUCCUUACUUGGCACAAACUGUGGCUCGAGAAGGUUUCCAACUCCAUGGUUUAUCCACGAAAUACUGUUUUCGGUGUAUUUUCCAGCAUGGAGAGAGUAUCUCGCUUUCUUGGAGAGAAAACUGCUUCCGGAAACAAGUACUACGUUUUCGACUUUCAUAGACGAGCCAUUGCGCGUAGGAUAUGACAACCUUAGUGCUUUGGCAAGCCUUGAUAACCAAUUCCUCCAAGUCGCCACCCUCUUAUCUCAUAGUGAAGAUGUCCUGAAGGAACUUUCUUCCGUAUUCAUCCGGGAAGGCUUAAAGACCAGAAUGCCGGAGGCAAUAGACGCGCUUGAUAAUUAUCGUCGUCGAUCUGUGGCUCAUUGUCGUGUUGCGACCCUUUUGCAGCAGCGAGCACAGACUACUGCACAACUCCUGGCUAAUACUUUAUCGUUCCGAGACCAGAUCCUUGCCAAGCAACAGAACGGCAACAUGCUGCAACUGAAUAAGUCAGCUGUUUUCCUCACCACGUUGACUCUUCUCUACCUCCCAGCUUCCUUCGUGGCCACUUUCUUCGGUAUGAACUUCUUUGAUUUAGACUCUGACUCAAAACGAAUCAUCAGUACUCCUAUGAUAUGGAUAUAUAUAUUAUCCUCUAUCCUGCUAACAAUCAUUACCUUCUUGGUUUACUAUUGGGUGUUGCAUCAUGAUAAUGUUGUUCUCAAGAGAAUGUCGCCGAACGUUCACGUGGGGGACUGGAGAGCAUUGGCGCGGCGUGCUCUGACGAUAAAAGGGGACUCGACGAAGAAUAUUAAAAAGCUGCCUGUGUAA